AUUCUUACUAAUGGGUGAAUUUUGUAAACUGGUAAUAUGAAAAGAGACGGAGCAUAGUAUUUUCAAUCUCUCUCUCUCUCUCUGAUUUGGUCUGAAAUCAAAAAGUGUGCGUGCGUGAGAUUCAAUAACAGGUUUCUUCUUCGCUUUCGAUUCUAAGCAUAGAUUGAAUUGAAUGGAAGCUAUCAGAAAACAAGCCUCCAAGCUCAGAGAACAAGUCGCUCGCCAACAACAGGCUGUGCUGAAACAGUUCGGGGCUGGGGGAUAUGGAGGUUCGGAUAACAUGGUUACUGAUGAGGUAGAGCUUCAACAACAUCAGAAGCUUGAGAAGCUUUACAUAUCCACACGUGCAGGAAAGCAUUAUCAAAGGGAUAUUGUCCGUGGAGUUGAAGGUUAUAUUGUUACUGGAUCAAAGCAAGUUGAAAUAGGAACAAAGUUGUCAGAAGAUAGCAGGAAAUAUGGUUCAGAAAAUACUUGUACCAGUGGUAGCACAUUAUCAAGAGCUGCGCUAAAUUAUGCACAUGCCCGUGCACAAAUGGAGAAGGAACGUGGGAACUUACUAAAAGCUCUUGGCACACAGGUUGCAGAGCCCUUAAGAGCAAUGGUGAUGGGUGCUCCUUUGGAGGAUGCUAGGCAUCUUGCUCAACGUUAUGACAGAAUGCGACAGGAUGCUGAAGCCCAGGCUAUUGAAGUUUCUAAACGCCAGGCAAAAGUAAGGGAAACACCAGGCAAUGCUGAAAAUACUAUGAAACUGGAAGCAGCUGAAACAAAGCUCCAAGACCUGAAGUCAAACAUGGCCAUAUUGGGGAAGGAAGCAGCUGCAGCAAUGACGGCUGUUGAAGCACAACAACAGAGAUUAACACUCCAGCGUCUUAUAGCUAUGGUUGAAGCAGAGCGUGCCUAUCAUCAAAGAGUGCUCCAAAUACUUGAUCAUCUUGAGGGAGAGAUGAUAUCAGAGCGGCAGCGUAUUGAGGCCCCACCUACACCUAGUGUGGAUAACAGCAUGCCGCCACCUCCACCAUAUGAAGAAGUGAAUGGUGUCUAUGCUUCUCAGGAACAUAAUGGCAUAACAGACAGUAUGGGUUACUUCUUAGGAGAGGUUUUGUUUCCCUAUCACGCUGAGUCUGAAGUUGAACUGAAUUUAUCAGUUGGGGAUUAUAUUGUCAUUCGAAAGGUGUCAAACAAUGGAUGGGCUGAGGGUGAAUGCAAAGGGAAAGCAGGUUGGUUUCCAUUUGGUUAUGUUGAAAGAAGGGACCAAGUCCUUGCAAGCAAGGUGGCGGAAGUGUUUUGAAAUUUCCAGUUGGUUUCUUGCCAUAGGGAUUGUGUAUGUGUUCGUGUUUUGGUUUGUGAUUAGCAAGAGAUAACGUGUUCUUAGCAUACAGAAAAUUGAUUUGUGAUUUAGGAUACAACUUUUUCCAUGUGAUUAUCGAUCGAUAGAAAAUUGCAUUUUUGUUCAUAACUCUUCCACUGCAUUGGAGGUGUUCAUAACUUUAUCUUUCGCACCUUGUGUUCUUAGGUUAUUAAGCAUUUUUUAAGACUAUGCCAAGAAUCUAUUCCUCCAGUAAUUAUAUGGUGCUAUUGCAGUGUAUUGACUUGUUACUUUUGGUAAAUUGUUAUUUUUUUCA